AUAAAAUAAACCCGUAAGACGUCGGGUGUCGAAUCUCGCGUACAUUAUAAAUUUUAAAAAUGUUAAUAGAAAAAUGCUGCACAUUCUAAACUAAUUAAUGAAUUAUUUUUGGUGCACAAUUAGCUUCUCGUUGGGUUUACCAACACAUUGCUAAGCGGAGCUCGAAUUUUCGUCUAGUGUUGUGGUUGUGUGAAAAUGUGUGCAAAACGUGUGAAAGAAGAGUACGAAGAGGAACUUCAUGGGACAAAAGAGGAGACCGAGCGACAAUAUCGACCGCUGAGUGAAGAAGAAGCUUCAAAUUGGUUUGAUCAUUUCGCACACAACGUCGUUGAAGAACAAGUUCAGUCUCACCUGGAGGAAUUUUUGAAGCAAGAGGAGCUACAAUCCUCCCAAAUUAAAAAUGAAGAGGAAGACCUCUUUCCUAUUAAAGGGGAAGAGGAGGGAUUCAAAAUCAGUCAGGAAGAUGAGAAUGUUCAAGACAAGCUUGCACUGACAAUUGAAGAAUUCAACAGUUACAAUGAUGAAGCUGAUGGAGGAUCGCAUGCGGACAACUGCUUAGCCCCAUUAUCAGACAGUGACGACAUCACAUCCCACUCCUCUGACACUGAUGAUGAACACUCCAAAGUCGAAAGGACAUGUCACGUUGACAACAAACGAUGCCAAUGUUCCCAGUGUGACAAAUCUUUUUUCAACAAGUCCGAGUUGAAACGACACAUGAGAAAACACACAGGGGAAAAACCUUAUGCCUGCUCAGUUUGCGGUGAGACAUUCACUUGGAGAUCAGGUUUGGUAAGGCACUCAAGAAAACAUACCGGGGAGAAACCGUACGCGUGCACUGUCUGCGAUGAAAAAUUUGCUCAUAAGGAACAAUUGGGGAGACACACGACAUCACACACUGGAGGGACACAUUUUACCUGCUUGGUUUGUGGAAAAAUAUUCACUUGGAAGACUGGUUUGAUAAGGCACACGCGAUCACACUCUGGAGAAAAACCUUUUGCCUGCUCAGUUUGUGGGAAAACUUUUAAUCAGAAGACAACUUUGAUGAGGCAUACAAGAACACACACUGGGGUAAAACCUUUUGCCUGCUCAGUGUGCGAUCAAAGAUUCACUCAGAAGGGAAAUUUAGAAAAACACUUAAGACAACACACUUUGGUUCUCCCUAGUGUCAACUUUUGCUUGCUUAAUCUGCCGCCUGAUUUUCAUUAAUUAUACAGAAUUGGUUGAACACGCAAAAUGACUCACUGAUUCUCAGAUUGUCCUAAAGGCAAACACAAAUAUUUAAAAGAAAAAAAUAUGAGGCAAAAAUGUGAUUGUGAAAAGUGCAAAGGUUGAAGCUCAGAAAAAGUGCUUUUGAUGUGUAAAAAUUGUAGGUAAAACUUAAUUUAGACCAGUUUUCAACUGAAAAAUGUGUAUUUUUAAUUUCCAUUUCUGCCUUUAACUAAAAUAUAAAAAACAGUCAGCUCUAUGACCUGAGUAA